AAAUUUUGUAGGUUGUUUUUGUGUUGUCAAAAAAGUGGUAUGAAACCGUAUAUGAUAUGAUUUGUUGAUGGUGUUAUUGUUAAAUACUUUCUUGAUUUUAUAUUUCAUUAGUUGUUAGCAGUUGAAAUGGAUUUACCAUAUUUAGCUGAAUAUGCAAAAUCUGGCCGUGCCAGUUGUAAAGGCUGUAAAUCGACAAUUUCAAAGGGUGAAUUGCGUCUUGCCGUUAUGGUCCAGUCCCCGUUUCAUGAUGGAAAAAAUCCGAACUGGCAUCAUUUUGAUUGUUUCUUCAAUAAACAAAGACCAAAAACCACCGACGAUAUUGAUCAUUAUGAAUCCCUGAGAGUAGAAGAUCAGGACAGAAUAAAAGCUCGAGUUGGUAUAGCAACAGUGGCAAUAGUACCAGACAAGAAAGGUAAAAAGAGAGCAGGUGGCCCAGAUGCCCAGUUGAAAAAAGAAGCACUUAAGGAUUUUACCAUUGAAUAUGCCAAAUCUGGAAGAGCCUUAUGUCGAGGCUGUGAACAGAAAAUUCUGAAAGAUGAGGUACGCAUUUCUAAAAAAGAUUUUGAUACUGAAGUUGGACGUAAAUAUGGAGGCCAAGACUUGUGGCACCAUGUGACAUGUUUUGCACAAGUGAGAUCUGACUUGGGAUAUUUUGAAUCUGGAGAUAAGUUGCCAGGAUUCAAGUCACUGAAACAGGAGGACCAGAAAAAUGUGAAGAAACAAGUUGUUGCUAUUAAGCAAGAAGACAUUCCAGAGGAGAAAAAAAUUAAGAUUGAGGACCCAGUUUCAGAUCCAAUUGAGAAAGAAUAUCGAGAACAAUGUAAAAUUUUAUUCAAACACCGUGAUAAAUUGGAAAAACUGGACUAUAAAGAAUUGGGAUAUUUACUGGAACAUAACAAUCAGGAAAUUCCAUCAGGCAAAGAUGUGAUAUUAGAUCGAUUGGCCGAUAUUAUGACUUUUGGCGCUUUGACCCCCUGUAAGACUUGCAAAGGAGGUCAACUAGUAUUUUCGAAAGGUGGUUAUAUUUGUACUGGAGAUCUGACUGAAUGGACUAAAUGCACUGCUGUGUCCAAGGAACCGAAACGUAAACCUUUCAAAGUACCAGAGAGUUUGGCCAAUGAGUAUUCUUUCUUGAAAAAAUAUAAGUAUGUUCCCAGAAAGAGAGUUAUCAAAGAAGUUGUUCCUAGUAAUAGUGGCGUAGUUAAAAAGGAAGAAGAUAAUGCUGAGCCACGUGUGAAAAGGGAAUUGCCACCCUUAUACGAGAUGCAGUUCGUUAUACUUGGAAAUCCACCGAAAGGAGCAGAUGUUAUUAAAAAGGAAAUCAUUUCCAUGGGCGGAAAAGUUAUUACAAAAAUAUCAAAAGCUAUAAUGGCAAUAAUUUCCACUCCGGAACAAGUAGAGAAAAUGAAUUAUAGGAUGUUGGAGGCCGAGUCAGAGGAUAUACAAGUUGUUGGAGAAGAUUUUCUAGAUGAAGCGAAGAAUAAUGUUGGGAAAAUUCCUGAUUUGAUCAUAAAGAAAAGCAUAUGCAACUGGGGAUCGGAUCCAAAUGCACGACUUCCUGCAGAGCCAUCUACUAGUCAAAAAUCUAAGUCACGUAGCAUCUAUACCAAAUCUGUACCUAGCAAAGUCAAGCUAAAAUUGAAAGGCGGCACAGCUGUUGAUCCUGCUUCUGAAUUGGAAUCUGUUGCUCACGUUUACCAAGAAGGCUCGGAUAAAUUUACUGUUGUCUUGGGACUCACUGACAUUCAGUCGAAGAAAAAUAGUUAUUACAAGUUACAAUUGCUAGAGGCAGAUGCCGGGAAUAGAUAUUGGCUGUUUAGGUCUUGGGGAAGAAUCGGUACAACAAUUGGAAGUCAACAAACCACCAAGAUGAAUACACUCCAAGAAGCAAAAAGUCAGUUCAUGGCCCUGUACGAAGAAAAAUCUGGAAACAUGUGGGAAAUGCGGCAUCAUUUCGUUAAAGUUCCUGGCAGAAUGUAUCCUAUCGAUGUUGAUUAUGGGGAAGAAGAAACUGAAAAAUUGGAUAUUGUUACAACAGAAUCGAAAUUAGCGCAACCAGUCCAGGAUCUGAUCAGGAUGAUUUUCAAUGUCAAUUCAAUGAAAAAACUCAUGUUAGAGUUUGAUUUGGACACUGAGAAAAUGCCUUUAGGUAAACUAAGUAAGUCUCAAAUACAGAAAGCAUUUGGAGUACUGAAUGAGCUACUGCAGCUUAUAGAUAAAAAAGCUGAUCAAGCUCGCUUCAUAGAUGCUACAAACAGAUUCUAUACCUUUAUCCCACAUUCUUUUGGCAUAGAUGAUCCUCCACUUUUGACUGAUCCAGAAACAAUAAAAAAAAAAUUAGAAAUGCUUGACAGUUUGAUGGAAUUAGAAAUAGCUUACAACUUGAUGAAAACUUCUGGCAACGAACAUACUGUCGACAGUUAUUACAAUCAGUUGAAUGCCGAAAUAGGUGUUAUGGAUCACAAUUCUGAAGAGUUUGCCAUCAUAAAAGAAUAUGUCAAAAACACGCACGCAGCCACCCAUAAUAAUUAUGAGCUUGAAGUAGAGGAGGUGUAUACCGUUGAACGACAAGGAGAAGACAAGAGAUUCAAGCCUUUCCGCAAGUUACACAAUCACAGACUGUUGUGGCACGGUUCGCGGGUGACAAAUUUUGCUGGAAUUCUAUCUCAGGGCUUGAGAAUUGCCCCUCCCGAAGCUCCAGUUACGGGGUACAUGUUUGGCAAAGGUAUAUACUUUGCUGAUAUGGUGUCCAAAUCAGCUAAUUAUUGUUGUACCAGUACUGGAAGCCCCAAGGGAUUAUUGUUGCUCUGUGAUGUUGCUCUGGGAAAUAUGUUUGAACUGAAGAAAGCUGAAAUGAUUCAAAAAUUACCACCAGGAAUGCACAGUUGUAUGGGUAUUGGUAGGACUCACCCGGAUCCCAAAACCAGUAAAACAAUAAAUGGAAUUGAAGUACCAUUGGGUAAAGGAGUUCCCAAUCCCAGUUCAGCUGACACUGUUUUGAUGUAUAACGAAUAUAUUGUAUACGACGUAGCCCAAGUUAAUGUGAAAUACCUUGUGCGAAUGAAUUUCAAAUACAAAUUCUAGUAUUGAACUCCUGUUUGUAGAAUAUGUUUUUUUGUUGUCUCUUGUUUUGCUGUUGUAACAAUUCGAUUUUGUUCGUUUUUUUAAUGUAAGUGUUUCUGUACCAUUUAUUUACCAUUUAUCUACCAUUUAUUGCUAACAGGAUUUGUUUUUGUAAUUAAUGAAGCCUUGAGUUAUUUUUGGCCUUGUAUAGCAGUUACUUGACUAGAGAACAUGAUUGAAGAUAUUCAGAUUUGCAUUCCAUAUUAAUAUUUUGAUCCAAAAUUCUUCCGUCAUCACAGAUUUAUAGACAUCACCUUCCAGUCAUGUGAAUGGUUAUUUCCUGGGGUUCAACAUUUAUAUAGAUUUUUUGAAUGACAAUUAUCAACAUUAUAUGUUUCGAAAUGUUUGACUGUUGUUACAAAAUAAAUGAUUUAUUCAG